UUUAUGCAAGUCGGAUCCCAGUAGCGACUUAAACUUAUUCUGUAUCACAAUCACAAACUAUUUCUGUGCGCACAAGAAAUUCAUUUAUUGUGAUCACUGACAGUAUCAUCCUCAUUUGUUCAUCCAAAAAUGUGAAUUGGUCAAGCAUGCCGAAUAAUUUUCUCUGUAAUCUCGAACAUUUGAAGGUUGGCUUUGUGUAUCAAGUCUAUUGCAUGCUUCAGCGUACGUACGCAUGUACACCGUACACAACAUUAACAAACAGCGCGAAAAAGCAAACAGUGCACGCGUAACAAACAACUAGCAGGCCGGGGAUACCGGGAGAGCGCCCAGCGGGAAAAAUGGCAACAGCAAACAUUCCGAGGGAGGUGGCUGAAUUGGCUGGAGAAACUACCAGGAUCGACAAAGGCGAGGUUCACACCGACUUUAGUGUCGAGGAAGAUGGUAGCUGGGAUUGGGAGGACAACAGAGCCUCCUCGAAUGAUAACAAGAAGCCCCAGUUUCCUCCUGCAUUCAAUGCAGGAUCGGAAGUUCCAUAUCUGGGUCAGCUCAAAGUACUGUACAACGAUGCGGGACCCCACAAGGAGCAAGGGGAGAGACUUGCCGAAGAGGUCGAUGCUGGGCUGCCGGUGGCGCCCAACGAAGAGCUUGCGGUGAGAUGGGCAGUCAUCGAGUACGAGUUGGAGCAGUAUCUUGCCGCAGGACUUGUACCUCAGGAUUCUGUUGAUUCUGCAGGUCUGGACAGUGCUUCCCAUUUUGACUUUAAACUGUGCGCUGAUGAGCUCCAGAGCAACCUCCUAGAGGACAAGAUCCUGGAGGCCCUGGGCAACCUGCGGGGAUUCCGCCGUUACUUCUCCAAGUCCAACGACUGGUUGUUGAGCCAGGCCUUCAAGGGCAGACCCAUCGAGGUCCUGCAGCACAUAUUCUAUGGUGGGGACGGUCUCCUGGCUGCGUCCAGAAUGAAACUGGACGAUCCGUUCCACUACACAAAUGCGGACCAUGCAGGAAAAAAGGCAACAGUGGACGUUCUAAGGGAGUUUGACAGAGCCUCCUUGAGUGAUAACGAAAAGCCACAGUUGGAGGAUAAAUGUGCAGCCGAAGAAGGCGAUGCCAGGCCGCCGGUGGCACCCAACGAAGAUCUUGCGGUGAGAUGGGCAGUCAUUGAACAGAAGCUGGAGCAGUAUCUUGCUGCAGGACUUGUACCUCAGGAUGCUGUUGAUUCCGCAGAAACUAUCACAGGUCUGGACAACUCUUCCCAUUUUGACUUUAAACUGUGUGUUGAUAAACUCAAGACCAACCUCAUGGAGGGGCAGUUCCUGGAGGCCCUGGGCAACCUGCGGGGCUUCCGCCGUUACUUCUCCAGGUCCAGCUACUGGUUGUUGAGCCAGGCCUUCAAGGGCAGACCCAUCGAGGUCCUGCAGCACAUAUUCUAUGGUGGGGACGGUCUCCUGGCCGCGUCCAGAAUGAAACUGGACGAUCCGUUCCACUACACAAAUGCGGACCAUGCAGAUUGAUACGUUUGUGAGUGAGGGAAUCCAGUCAUGUACAGCGUAAGAAGUACAUGUACAGCGUAAGAAUGCUUUGUCGAGAAGUGUGCCUUCAGGAGAAGUUCUGCAUUUUUGUUUGUCUUUUGAGGUUUAUUUUAAUAUUCAAUUCAUAAAGUUAAUGUGUGUCCUUUUUAUAUUUUUAUCAUUGUGCACAUUUUUUUAGAUUUUAUUUUUUUCAGUUUUGCUACUUAAUUGAUGUUUCAAGAGAAGUGAUGCUUUUUUUUGGUUUCUUUUAAAUGUAGGGUAGAUCAUUUAUGAUUUGUACAUUUUUUUGGGUGUGAAGCAACAAAACUGCUCAAAUUCUAAAAUCUUUAGCUCUGUGAAUGCUGUAUAUUCCGAGAAAACAAUAUUCUAGGAUCUUGAUUUCAAUUUAAACAUUGUCAAGACAAGUCAUGUAUUGAAUUACGCCUGACAUGUUCUCAUUCAGCCAAUUGCGGCUACGGCAUGUCACGAACUGAAACGAUGAAUAAUAGCAACUGCAUGCCCGUGUGCAUCGUAUCAACGCUUUCUCAGAUUCGCCGAAUUACAAACCAACUAUUAACAGAAAUUCCUAAAAUGCGUCACAUGACUGGAAAUGGCCUUCUUUUGUUUUCUUCAAAAUGUUAGCAUGCCUGAAAGAAUAAUUUCACAGGGAGUUUAUUGACAUUACUAUCUUUAAAUCAAGUAAACUUUUAACAAUAAUUUGGUCAGUUACUUUUUUGAUAGCUGCAAAUGAUCUACUCUACCCUCAAUCUUUGUUUAAGUUGUGUUCAAUUCAUCGUGUGUGUUUCUCCUCGUUCUGCAAUUGUACUUUAUGAAGUAGACCAUCUUUGAAAUCUUUUGUAUUAUCAGUUGUUUUUGAAUUUUUCUUAGAUGAAUUUAACAACCUCAGGUUGUACAAGUAUUAUUUCUAUAUUUUUAUAUUAAUUCAAUUGGUAAGGGUUGACACAGAUAUAUUUUGCACAAAAUUAUAACACCAUAAUACAGAGCUUAACAUAACAUUUGAAUUCUCAGGACAGUGAUAAUGGAUGCUAACGUGUGUGGUAACUUAACUGGUUGUGAGUAUUGAGUAACCGGAAUUUGAAUCCUCGAGUCUGUGGUGUGUAUUGAGUCACUUAGUUUAAGGCUUGCAUCUUAAUACAGGGGCGGUUCCAGGAAUUUUUGCGGGGGGGGGGGGGGGGGGGGGGGGUUCAUCAGCAAAAUAAUUCUGAAUUGUAGACGGGUUUGGUCAUACCAUGCUUUCAAUGGGGGCGCUGUUCAAAUCCGACGAUUAUUAACACUACAUGUAUAUUGCAGAAUAGUGUACAUACCCCUUUAACCAAGCGGACUCUGCUGUAUUUUGUGCACAGGUGGACAUCAUUACCAGUAUAUUUUUGACAGAGCUGGGGGGGGGGGGGGGGUUGACCCCCAACCCCCCUGGAUCCGUGCCUGUAAUUUAUUAACUUUUCAGGGUUUGAGUGUUAAAUUACUUGGAUAGAGUUUUUCUGUUUUAACAGCUUAUUCUAGAGUAUAGGAUUGAGGGCACUGUUUGUAAUUGGUUUAGGUAGGUUUAGGUAAAUUUGGGUAAACAAAAAAGAGUUGACCCAAAUCAAAUAAAGCGCCCUCUACUUGUGUCUAUAUCUCAAAGAAGAUAAUGGAUGAUGAGUUUUCAGUUUUGAGUCACUUGGUUUGAGUAUUUUGUCGAAAUCAUAUUUAACCUACCUCAUCAUAAUGAGAUACUUUUGUAUAAAUUGUCUUGAGUUAACUUUUUAUAUUAGGGGUAAUGGCAUUAUUGAAUUCUCAUAUGCAGUUAAAAGUUUUGUGCAAGUCCAGUGAACGUCGAUGAAUAUUAUUGAACUACUACUAUAGUAGUUAACUAACCUUUUUUAUUUUUGACAUUUCCAAUUUU